GAGAUGGUAUGAAAGUGCAGUACGUGUAUAGCUGUCUGCCAGACUCUAAACUUUGGACGUUAGUGGCAUAUCUACUACAUCAUUUAAAAUAGGUUUACACGUCGAAUGAUUGUUAUUAUUGAAUGAGCGAUAAUGUGUACAAUUAUAGUUUAUGGAACUUGUUGCUGAAAGCUCAACUUUGUAACACAAGGCAACCUGCCCGGAUCUGUAGGCUACAACGUAGACCUAUGAAAACUUGCGACCUAUUGCUAGUUAGCCUGUUAGCGAGCAAUACAAAAGCAACCUUAAGUUAUCAAAGCAAUUGUAAAAGUUUACAGUAGCGUUCUUUGGAUACAUUUUCCUCGUUGAGUCAACAUGACUGCCUGAAUUCGGCAGUUGUCAAACUUUCCUCUCGCCCUCAGAAGAUACAUGACAGGUGAGUAGUAUGUGGGCGUCGUGCUGUAACUGGCUGUGUCUGGACUCAUCCCCGGGGGAAGAGAGCGGCGGCGGUGGUGGUGGUGUUAGCGGUAGCGGUAGCGGGCGGCACCAGGCCUACACCAACUCGGGCUACAGCAGCUACCCCUCACCCACCACCGUGGAGCACACCUGCAAGGCAUGCGGCGGCCGCUUCGACACGCUGGCCAGGAAGCACGUGUGCAUGGACUGUAAGAAGAACUUCUGCGGCCGCUGCUUUAACCCUCGCAUCCUACCGCGCCUGUGCCACACGUGCCAGCGCCUCUGUGCCACCAUCUUCCUGCGCCCAGAGCUCAUGAAGCUCAAGGUGAAGGACCUGCGUGACUACCUGCACCUGCACGAGGUGUCCACGCAGACGUGCCGUGAGAAGGAGGAGCUGGUGGAGCUGGUGCUGGGGCUCAGGCCCGCUCAGCCGACGCCCGGAGCGCCGCCGCCGCCGCCGCCGCCGCCGCCGCCACAACAACACACACACACACACGCGCGGGCGCCGCCGAGCGGCAGCCACACACACCACCACACACACCACCACCACACACACCACCACGGACCUCAGCCCAACGGGCAGCCGGCGCCCACCACGACGACGACGGGACGGGUACCCACGGGCGCCACGGUAACCCAGCCGCGGGCGGAACCGCUCAGGCCCCCGACGCCGGGCCAGGACGACUCGCAGAGCUCAUCUGUGCCGGCGUCCUCUGGUGCGGAGGAGGAGGCGGAGCUACGGGGAGAGCAGGAGUCGCAGUCGUCGGACACAGAGGAGGUGCUGGUCCCUGGGCGGCGUGCGUCCCUGUCUGACCUGUCCACGGUGGAGGACAUCGACGCGCUGAGCGUGCGGCAGCUGAAGGAGAUCCUGGCGCGCAACUUCGUGGACUACAAGGGCUGCUGCGAGAAGUGGGAGCUGAUGGAGCGCGUCACCCGCCUCUACCACGACCAGAAGGACCUCCAGAACCUGGUUUCCAAUGCAUCUGACGGUACAGACGUGACGUCGGGCCCGGUGGUGGAGGAGAACCUGUGUAAGAUCUGCAUGGACUCGCCCAUCGACUGCGUGCUGCUGGAGUGCGGCCACAUGGUCACCUGCACCAAGUGCGGCAAGCGCAUGAGCGAGUGCCCCAUAUGCAGACAGUACGUGGUGCGCGCUGUGCACGUCUUCAGGUCCUGAAGUCCCCACACACACACACACACACACACACACACACACAUGCAUACACACAAGCGCAUGAGCGAGUGUCCCAUAUGCAGACAGUACGUGGUGCGCGCUGUGCACGUCUUCAGGUCCUGAAGUCCCCACACACACACACACACACACACACACACACAAGCGCAUGAGCGAGUGUCCCAUCUGCAGACAGUACGUGGUGCGCGCUGUGCACGUCUUCAGGUCCUGAAGUCCCCACACACACACACACACACACACACACACACACACACACACACACACACACACACACACACAAGCGCAUGAGCGAGUGCCCCAUCUGCAGACAGUACGUGGUGCGCGCAGUGCACGUCUUCAGGUCCUAAAUCCCCCCCCCCCACCCACACACACACACACACACACACACACAUACACACACACACACACACACACAGCCCUGUGUGCCUUAUUUUGUUACACACGCACACAAACACCCAUAAACUGAAUCCUGACCUUUGGUGCGACUCAGUUGUUUCCCCCCCCCCCGGCGAUGGGACAAGGUUGUCCUUUUCUCCCCCCCCCUUCUUCUCUUCUUCUGCUAAUGUCUAUGAAAGGAGAGUGUGUGUACGUCACGCAGACAGCCUGCUCUGUCCAGGAGCUAGAUAAUGGCACUUUUAUUGCUGGACUUUGGGGCCAUGAGAGGCAUGUUCUGUACAGUAUGAUGCUAAAGGUGGCGUGGCUGCUCCAUGCUGCCAAGUCCACCAUGCAGCCGGAGCGGGUUGGAUCAGAUGCACUCAACCCCCCUUCCCCCCCCCCCCCCCCACACACACACACACACACACACACACGUCCCCUGACAGCCACAGAGUGACUGAGGACACAACCAGGAAGAGGAAGUGUGGCGGUGUGAUCUACACAGG